GGCAGAAUGACUGAAAUAGCGCAGGAAGCUUGUGAGAAGGCGAGCGCAGCACAAACAGAAAGCCACAGCUUGCGUCAGGGCGGCACUGUCUUCAUUAGCGUGAGGACAGUCGGUCACGGGUUGCCACGGCGGGACAAUAAACGCUGUUUGCGGCGCCUGUGAAGCAGUGGAGGAGGAGGAGAAGAUUGGAAGAUGCGACGCAUCGCUGCCACCUGACUCAUCCCAGGAGUCAGCACCUGCAGCAGCUGUCUGAGCGCUCUGGCUAGCAAGGACGACAAGAGAGCUGCUGAGAUUAUGCGUGGGACAGGAAGCUCCUGUGGAUUCCUCAUCUUUGGCGACGACAGGACGAGUGGCAGCUGCAGUUGGACGGGAAGUGGCAGAGCUCACCGGGGCUGCGAAAAAAUAAGGAGCCCCCAUUUUACUUUAGUCGGAAGUGAGAGUAAGCGACUGUCCAUGUAGCAGACGUGUUGACCGUACCUGUAGCCAGGUGACCACGGCAGCGCAGUCUACUUGUAGCAGCGGGAGGGGGGGCAGUGGCUCAGGACACUGAAUGACCAGUGUGGCUGAUGAAGGCCACCUGGAUCCGCCUGCUGAAAAGAGCCAAGGGAGGUCGCGUCAAGAGCUCGGAUGCCUACGGUUCAGCCGACUCCUACACCAGCCGUCCAUCAGACUCGGAUGUGUCUCUGGAGGAGGACAAGGAGGCGGUACGAAGAGAGGCAGAGCAGCAGGCUCAGGCGCAGCUCGACAAGGCCAAGACAAAACCAGUAGCGUUUGCCGUUCGUACAAACGUCAACUACAGCCCGAGUUACGAUGACGACGUCCCUGUACCAGGCAUGGCUGUCUCCUUUGAGGCUAAAGACUUCCUCCAUGUCAAAGAGAAAUUCAACAACGACUGGUGGAUCGGACGUCUGGUGAAGGAAGGCUGCGAAAUCGGUUUCAUUCCCAGUCCGGUGAAGCUGGAAAACACUCGACUCCUCCAAGAACAGAGAGCGAAGCUGGGCAAGUUUCAUUCCAGUAAAUUGGGAGCAAACUCCUCCUCGAGUUUAGGGGAAGUGGUUCCUAACUCAAGAAAGUCUACUCCUCCUUCAUCAGCCAUUGACAUAGAUGCCACAGGCUUAGACCCAGACGAUGAUCUUCCAGUCAACCUCCGCUCCCCUAAAGCCGCUCCCAACAAUGUCAUGUCAUAUUCGUUAGCAAAAGAGAAACGAAUGGCGUUUUUUAAGAAGACGGAACACAUUCCUCCAUAUGACGUUGUGCCUUCCAUGCGGCCCGUGGUUCUGGUGGGACCAUCACUGAAGGGCUACGAGGUGACCGACAUGAUGCAAAAAGCACUGUUUGACUUUCUGAAGCACCGAUUUGAGGGAAGAAUAUCCAUCACUCGCGUCACGGCAGACAUCUCUCUUGCCAAGCGUUCAGUCCUGAACAAUCCCAGCAAGCACGCCAUCAUCGAACGCUCCAACACGCGCUCCAACUUGGCUGAAGUCCAGAGCGAGAUCGAACGCAUUUUCGAGCUGGCUCGGACGCUGCAGCUGGUGAUUCUGGAUGCCGACACCAUUAACCACCCAUCACAGCUGGGCAAGACGUCCCUCGCCCCCAUCAUCGUCUAUGUCAAGAUCACCUCUCCCAAGGUGCUUCAGAGACUCAUCAAGUCACGAGGAAAAUCCCAGGCCAAACACCUCAACGUCCAGAUGGUGGCGGCGGACAAGCUGGCCCAGUGCCCGCCCGAGAUGUUCGACAUCAUCCUGGACGAGAACCAGCUGGAGGACGCGUGCGAGCACAUGGCCGACUACCUGGAGGCUUACUGGAAGAGCGCCCACCCAACCAGCUGCGACGCCCCCGACCCCCUGCUUACCAGGCUGCCCGCGGCCGCCCUGCCCUCCUCCAGCGUGCAGGGUGGCGCUGCAGAGCACAGAGAGAAAGCUUUCUCCAGAGAGGACCAGGAUGACGACGAUGUGGAGGCAGAGGACGACGCCAACCAGGAGGAGAGGCCGCUGAGGACAGAGUCAUCCAGGAGAGGGCAGCACAUCCACCAUCGCUCUUCUUCAAGCAGGACCGAGCAUAACAAUCACCACCAUCAUCACCACCGUCACCAUCACAGCAGCAGCAGCCGCGCCAGAGGCCUCGCUCGUCAGGAGACUUUGGACUCGGAGACCCCGGAAAGCCGAGAGAGCAAGGACGCCGCUCACGAGGAGCCUCGCACUCAGCUCCUCCAACAUCAGGAGGAGGAGAAGGAUUUAGGGGAGGGUCAGCCCCACCGGGACCACAACCACCAUCACCACCACCAUCAUCAUCAUCACCGUGGGGGCGGGCAGGACGAGGGAGGCCACCAUCGCUCCAAGGAGCGCGAACAGGACCACAAUGAACGAAACAAACAGCGCACUCACCACCACCACCACCACCACCACCGGCCCACGAGGGACCACCACCACCACUACUACGACCCAGAACGAGAAGGGGUGGUGGCAACCAAAAAGAGGGGUGAUGCAGGAGAAUGGGCCAUCCCCCAGUAGAAGACGUUAUCAUGUGCUGCUCCACUUCCAAACCACACCACCAACCUUCCUUUUCUCUAUCGUGUAUCUACAAUACGUGGAUCUAUGCAUAGACGUGCUUUACGUGUGGAUAUGCAUGAAUAUUCACAAAUAUGCAUCUUCUUUUUGAAUGCCCUUUCUUUCACCAAGCAUCGGUUGGAUGCUGAGGUCCUUGAGAUGCAUGAGAUGAGUACCGGUCUGAGAAGGUCCUAAACCGUUCAUGUUGCAGCUAAAACCAGAAGGCUUGUGCUGCGUUGUAGACUGCUGGGAAGUAGCAAAUAUCCCACUUGGAGUUUUCAAAAGUCAAGAAAGACACGAGCAAAUAUCUGGUAUAAGCAAUAAAUUCAUCCAUGUGAUCCCAAGAACUUCCAUGCACUUUUCAGGUUGGCGUGUGUACCUUUCAAACUUCCCAGACCUCUAGAAAGCAGCAUGAGCACAGAGACUGAUAAUGAUUGACGUACAUCAAUAAAAGACAACAUCUAUCCUGGUAAAGAAGCGUUCCUCCAGAGGCAAAGUGACCUCGCCACUAAUAUGCCGUACAUGUUGAUUCUUCUUCUUCCUGGGAGAGCUCGUGUUUUUUGGAUGGACUUUUCUAACCAACUUCAUACAUCCGAGAAUGUAGAAGAACAUCAGCUGAAUGCAAAGUGAUGGCUUCCACUCAAGUCAUCUUGUUUACAAUCCCUCAUUUUAUUUGCUUUUCUCGAGACAACUGUAGAGGAAAAAGCAAGCAUUUGUAUGCUACAUUGGUAGCGCUGCAGCUUUUUAAAACAGUGUACAUUAAAACUAUUUGGACGUGUGCUCUUUUGAGAACACCCGGGCUGUGACGUCUAUAAAUAGUAUUUUGUGAAACACUGCUGAAAAAUUGAGAGAGAGGCCUCCCGAGUCGUCAUGGCAACAGCUACAUGAGUGACAACACCCAAAAGUCACUUAGCUUGCCUUUCAUGGUGACUCCGAGGCUCUUUUGGAGUUAGCUGGUGCGCCUGCUAGACAAACAUCCAUAAAUAAUUCCUUUUUCACUACCUCUCAUGACCUCCUUCUGCACGCCACUUCCUGGUCUAGGCUUCAACGAGCCGCUGUCGCUAUGGCAGCCGUGUCGUCAUUGUUGUCAUGGCGACGCUGCAAGCAGAGCUGCUGCAGCUUCUCCCCUACAUGGCCUGCAGCCCGCUUUGUGUACUGGAAGACCAGAGCGCUAUGGUUUCCAUGGAAAUGCUUGACAAGCUAAAGAAUGCGCUGACGUAGCGCAUUUACUCCAGCAGCUCUACUAGGAUGAGCUGGGAUGCUUUAUUACAGA